CGGGAACUCAAUGUAACCUCAAAGGCUUGGAGCUCUUCUCCACCUUGUGCCCUCGGGUGGAUAUGCGCAGAAUAGCGGGGUGUUCGUGACCGCUUCAUUGCUUAUAACCCAUGGAUUUCCGCGCAGCAGCACCUGCGAAUAUUGCGCAGGCAAAGGUACCUUAAUCUUCAACACCAAUGGAGCAUAUAGCUAUGCCUUCAUUGCGCAUUGCGACAAUCUUUUUGACAGCUGCGGCUGUUCAAUGCAUAGCAGCUCAAGAUGUGGAUUACUCCCAAUACGUAAAUCCCUUCAUUGGCUCCGAAGGUGCAAUUGAAGGCUAUGCGUAUGGCGGAGGCGAUGUAUUCGUUGGAAGCGCGCUUCCUUUUGGUAUGGUCAAGCUUGGAUUAGACAGCUUUGAAAUACCUGUCAACCAAAGUGCGCUGAACGGCGGUUGGACCCCCAAAGGAAAAGUAACAGGAAUCAGCAUGAUGCAUCAGUCUGGCACAGGUGGUGGGCCCAAGUAUGGCUAUCCUGCACAGAUGCCACUGGCUAGCCUUGAAGGUGUUAAUUUACUUGAUAACCUCACUUACUGGCAAGACCGAGAUGGGGACGAUGUCGCGUCGGUGGGCUACUUCAAGACGCAUUUUGAAUCAGGUGUUACUGUUGAGCUCGCUGCAACCAGACACGCAGGCUUACAUCACUAUACAUAUCCCUCAUCUGAGAAGCAUGUUCUGGUCGACUUCUCUCAUUACUUGCCACAUCCGACUCGUGCUUGGGACUCACAAUUCUACGCUGGCGGGGAGAUUGAGAUCCAGCCGAACUCAUCUACGUACUCUGGGUAUACCAGCAUCGGAGGCGGGUGGAAUCUUGGUGCUCCGGUCACAGUAUAUGUGUGUGGAGAAUUUGACUCGAUUCCGGACAGUGCACGAGCAUUCAGUGGGAAGAACACAUUCCCCGUCAGUCGCCAUUUUCGAUCUUUCGAUAAUGCUACCACACCAGAACCGACUUUCCGAGGAACAUCGGCACGUUCUGGUCCCAUCAAUGACCGCGUGGGGGCAAUAUUUUCAUGGAACGGCACUGAUGAUAACCAAGAGAUAAAAUCUAGGGUCGGCAUCUCACUGAUGUCCGUCGCCCAGGCCUGUGCCUACAAAAAUCAAGAAAUUCCAGACUGGAACAGCGAGGUAGUUGCGCAAGCUGCUCGAGAUGAGUGGAAUCGCGAUGUCUUCUCUAAGAUCCGAGUCGAUACAUCUGAGAAGGCGAACAAAACGAGGCUCGCACUUCUUUACUCAUCACUUUAUUUCAUGCACCUAAUUCCAAGCGAACGCAUCAACGAGAAUCCGCUCUGGGAGAGCGAGGAACCAUGCUGGGAUGACUUCUACACCAUGUGGGAUCUAUUCCGAAAUCAAGUGUCAUUAUGGCACCUGAUCCAACCUUCCUACUACGAGUCUAUGAUUAGGUCUCUCAUCGAUAUAUGGAGAAAUGAAGGGUUCUUGCCUGAUGGACGGAGUGGUAACUACAAUGGACUUGUACAAGGUGGCUCAAACGUCGAUAACGUGUUGGCCGAUGCCUAUGUCAAGGGACUCCGAGGAGCUAUCAAUUGGACAGAUGGAUACGCAGCAGUCAAGAAGAAUGCCGAGGUACAACCCUACUUCGAUCAGAAUCCAGUAGAUGAACGAGGCUCGUUGAAAGAUGGGCGCUCGGCAUUGUCCGACUGGAUCUCACUUGGAUACGUCUCCACCGAUCGGAAAUCUCGAGCUGUGUCCAAGACGGUCGAAUACGCUCUAAACGAUUUCGCAAUUAGUCAAAUCGCGGCAGGCGAGUCUCAAGGGGAUGUUGACAAGUACUUGAAGAGAAGCGGCGGGUGGCAGCUCAGCUGGGAUCCAACAGCUACGAGUCGAAACUUCACCGGCUUUGUGAUGCCACGCUAUGCCAACGGCAGCUUCCACACAGACUACGAUAUAACAGACUGUGGUGAUUGUAAUUGGUCAGACGAAUCAUAUGAAGGAACUUCCUUUGAAUACUCAUUUGUCAUUCCUCACGAUAUGGAGCGGGUGAUGGAGUUGAUGGGCGGUCCGCAACACUUCGAAUCGCGUCUUGACUACGUCUUCCAGCCAAACACUUCCGGUGUGGAUCUCGGCGUCAACGGUCUCGGUAUCACGACCAUCAACAACGUCGCGAACGAACCAGAUUUCCAAACUCCGUACCUAUACAACUACCUGAACAAGCAAUGGAAGUCUGUCGAACGGUCACGUCAACUGGCCACCGACUUCUACUUCAAUACAAGUCAAGGCAUCCCUGGAAACAGCGAUGCUGGCGCACUGAACUGUUGGCUGGUCUGGCAGAUGCUAGGUCUGUAUCCUGUCGUGACCACGCCAGUGUACCUGAUUGAAAGUCCUUGGUUCGAGGAUAUCAAUAUCACAGUGAACCACAAUCACACACUGCGUAUCCGAGCAGAGGGACUUGAUGACGGUGACGGUAAACAAAGCUAUUACGUACAGAGCGUUAACAUCAACGGCCAGGCUUGGGACAAGAACUGGUUCAAUCAUGAGGAUGCAGGAGGCAUCAUGACAGAAGGUGGAGAAAUCCUGUUCCAUCUAGGUACCGAGCAAAAGGUAUGGGAGAGUGGAGAAGUGCCUCCCAGCCCUGGCCAUCAGGUCAUUGACGUUGGUGGUUAUUAGUUAUGCGAACAAAACAGACAUUGCAAAAGUAAUAAUUAAUAUCUAAA